AUGGCAUUUCUGGAUACAUUAAGGUACUUGACAAAGUCAAAGGAAGAAAAACUGGUUGCUAAACUGACGAGUAACAAAGACACUGUAGAUAAUGCCGAGGAGACGAACGAAUUGCUCGAACUCUAUCAAAACCCGUUUUCUAGUCGAUUGAUAGUGACCGCUAUAUACGAUCGCAUAAAAGAGUCUGCCCUUAGAGAGUCUGGGUAUAGCAAACUCUUGAUAGUGAUCUACAGAAUCUUCACCGAAGACGACUCUAAACUCUUUUUAGAAACACUAAGAGGAACAUCAAACGUCUUUUACAAGAACGUCCCCAAGUGCGGUUUAAUACGAACGCCACAGACAAUUUUGACAGAGACUUUGGCUAAGAUGCUGGACUGGUAUUCUCUUUUGUACUCCAAUUAUAAUAUGCUUAUCACCGAAGACACUCAUUUACCGGAAUUGGUCUAUCCAAAGAGAAGAUAUAUAGUUCUGGAAACUACUAAGAAACUUAUAGAAGCGUUUGUGGACUUCCAAACUGUCAAUUGGGGGUCACCAAAGAAUUUUGGGAACUCUUUGAAUUACCAACUGACGGAUGUGUUACUGAAAAUGUAUGCGACGGUGUUCUAUCAACUUGAAAAGUACAUUGCAACAAUCGUUCAAAGCAUUUUCUUGUUCAUGGGAGACGAUCUUAAAACUAUUGUUUCACUCCUCCAAACAUUCGACACAAUGGCAUCGACUUUUUUUAAUGUGAUGAAAACAAAGGAAAUUCUUAAUCGCUUUGUGGACAUCCCAAAAACUCUUCUUACGCGACACGACCAAUUAAUCACUUUAUUACUCAACAGAUCCGCUUCUCCAAGUUUCGGGAAAAACAGGCAGUUUGGCGAAAUAGCUGGCAUUGUCAUGGACUUGAAAAAGGAGAUGAAAACAAGUGAACUUGAACUCUCAAAGUUUGCUCAACGGCAAUUGACUACACUCAUUUCGUCGAAGUCCAACUCGCGAAGUUCUUCAAUUGGUCAGACACUCACACCUAAAGAUGUGAUGCCAACGUACACAAGACCAUCUUCAAGUAAACCUUACAGACAAGUCACUCCAAUGUCCGCAUUACAGAACCAAAAGGUGUUUCUUGCUAGUCCACGAAACCCAACUCCAAUGGAAAGAAAAGACAUCUUUGUACCUUCAGAACUCACAAAACCAAAAGCGGUCCGAGGUGUACCACUUAGUACUUAUUUCGAUGAUGAUGAAUAA